AUGCGUCAACCCGGAGAUUUGGGCUUUGCUGCGAGGGCUGGCGGCGGAAUCAGCAAUCCUGCAAGACAUCGCUUCACAGUGCUUCCUUCAUUGAAAUUUGAAGUCGUUUUGGCGUGCCUGCUUGGCGUGCCUUACGCCGUCGUUGCCACGUUGCUGUGUAUGUGUGACGAUUGGUCCACCCGCACUGCCUUCCUGCUAUCCACGUGCUUUCCUCUGGCAAUUACAAGCUACUCUGCCCUUCCUAAGUUGGUGAAAGCCCUCCAGUUGAAAGGCCUCUGCAACAUCAAUUUGCACCAGAAAGAAGGUUCUGAAAGAGUGGCCGAGCCAGGAUCGCUCUGGGCAUGUCUUCUCUACUUGAUUUACCUCGUCGGCCUUGGCGCUGCAAACGCCGGCCCAAACGAUAUCGCUAUAUUCAACUGCGCUUUGGUCGCAAUCACAACGCUGACUAUUCUUGGACUUGUUGACGACAUCGUGCAGCUCGGGUGGUUCUCAAAGGUGGCCGUCCCUGGCAUUGUUGCUAUACACAUAUGCAAAGCGUUUCCACGCGAAACCGUGCUCACGGUUCCGCGAGUACUGCCUCUUAUAGGGGGGCAUGCGAUCAACAUCGGCAGUGCGUACUACGCAUCGUUGGUGCUUCUGGCGAUAUUUUUCGUAAACGCCAUCAACAUAUACGCUGUGGGCGAAUCCGCGAUCAUUGCCAUCUUCGUGGUGGCGCACAACUGCCUCGAAUUAUCACAACUUAUUGGUGCGCAUAAUGGACUGGAAGCUGCCGCAUCGCUGGAGAGGCACCUGGUGUCGCUAAAGCUAACACUGCCGUUCCUCGCGGUGAGCGCAGGACUGCUGUGUUACAACUGGUACCCGGCAUCCAUAUUCGUAGGAAACAUAUACACUUCAAUGGCGGUAAUUACCCAGGAAUCUUUCCCAAAUAAAGUUCAGGGGGCGUUGUUGGCCGCAAACGCGUUGUUGUGCGGGACUUCUGCGCUUAUGUUGCUCCUCUUCCUCCCGCAGAUAGCUAAUUUUGUAUUGUCUAUACCUCAGGUGUGUUAUAAAUGGCUGCAAGCGAUACACAUCUGUGUAGCUUAUCGGAAUCAAGCACUGUCCGCGUUUCAGGACCCCGUGGUAAGUUAUGUGCCGGAUCUCUUGGAAUACUCCAAUAACUACACACUCCUCAACGCGCUACUAUGGCUUCUCGGCCCCAUGGCAGAGCGCGAUUUGUCUGUCCUUUGCCUCGGAAUCCAAGUGCUUUGUUGCGUGAUAGGACUCGCAGUGUAUCAUUUUGCAGUUAAACAUAAUGUCUAA